AGAACCUUAGGAAAAAAACCUUCGGAAAAGAACCUUAGGACUUCCGUAACCACAGAAACGUAACCUCACGACCACAACCAGAACACGGUCAGGAUGGGCCAUCGCAGAAGAAGGUGCAAGAGACGACUCCUCAGGGUGGCCAGAUACCUGUUCCGCUGGUUCACUGGGACCCUGGUAGAAGGUAACCCAGCAUCCAACCACAGCAAGCGAACUAUAAAACAGAGGUUCCUCAAGCUGCUGCCCUGCUGUCGCUCCAGAACCGCCCCCUCACUCAGUCAAAACAGUGUAGUGGAGGAUGGAGAGUUAUCUACAGUGUGUUAUAGACCAGAGGGGUUGGACCAGCUACUACAACAGACUAAGUUCACCAGGAGAGAACUACAGAUCCUCUACAGGGGCUUCAAGAAUGAAUGCCCUAGUGGUGUGGUGGAUGAAGAGACAUUCAAGUUAAUCUACUCCCAGUUCUUUCCUCAGGGAGACUCCAGCACCUACGCUCAUUUUCUGUUCGAAGCGUUUGACACCCACAAGAAUGGAACGGUGAGCUUCGAAGACUUCGUCACAGGCCUGUCAAUCAUCCUGAGAGGCUCUGUCACAGAGAAACUCAACUGGGCUUUUAACCUCUACGACCUCAACAAAGAUGGCUUCAUCACCAAAGAGGAGAUGACUGAUAUAAUGAGCUCUAUCUAUGAUAUGAUGGGGACGUGUACAUACCCCUGUAUGCAGAACGACGCCCCCAAGGAGCAUGUCGACAACUUCUUCCAGAAAAUGGACAAGAACAAAGAUGGCGUGGUCACCAUUGAGGAGUUUCUGGAGUCUUGUCAAAAGGAUGAGAACAUCAUGCAGUCCAUGCAUCUGUUUGACAACGUCAUUUAGUGAUACUUCCUGUGGGUGUGGCCUAAAGGACAGGGUGCCCAUAUUUAGCCUCACAGCCUCCACCCCUAGCUCCCCUCUAUCCCCAAACACAGACUCAUUAGGGAUGUCGGGGGUAAACGGUACCCCUCCAUGGAUCUCCACUCUCCUCCUACCUGGGAAGAUCAGACAACAGUUAGGUGGGCAAUAGGUACACCUCCAUGGUUCUCCACUCUCUCAUCCACCUCUAGCCCAUCUCUGCCCCCCAAAAGAGACACCCCUACCUGGGAAGGUCAGACAACAGUUAGGGGCUCAAAGCCACGCCAUGUUGGAGACCAUAUCACUCAUUCUAUAUGACAUCACAUUCUCACUAUGCAAUAAUGUUAUUGAUUCUCUAAUUACUAGUUUGACAAAAUGGUGGACUGUUAUUCUUCUAAGGGCAAAAGGCUUUAAAUGAAACAAUAAUCUCACUGCUUGGUCUGAACUUGUUAACUGUGAGAUGUAUUAUUGUCAAUCAUCGACAUUGUUCCAUUUCUCAAUGUUCUGGGAGGGAAUCCCCUGGCUGACAGAAUUACCCACAACCCUCCAAUCAUCCAUAUUGUGUCCUAUUUACCUCAUUUUCAACAGAAAUAUGGUCCGGGUCUGUUUAGGUUUUUUUUGUGCGUGACUUCUGGUUAAGCGCUUCCGGCCAAUAGUUGGGAGCUCGCUAGCUAACUAACUCAGUAUCGCUUCUCACAACUUUCCAAACAUGGAUUCACAUAAAUGGUAAUUUUAUGUUAUGUAAGGGGUUGCCACGGCAACUGUCAGAAAUGGAAACUGUUCAUGGAGCAGGAGUGUUUUGACCACCACAUUUUUUUGAGGAGCGAGUGCAGUUGUGAUGCUCCUUUAGAUUUGCACCCACCUCCUAAGGACGAGGAGUCUCUUUGGCUUUGGCUCAAAGCAUUGAAAGGAUGCUGUGAAGAAGUCAAUGGAACUCAAUCAAAACAAUCGAAUUACCAUGGAAACGCGUUGGGGAAAGAUCCUAAAUCUCCUCAUUGCCCCCCAGCAAAAUGAACCUACAUUUAGGUGUGUUAUUAUUUACAGUAUAGAGUAUGUGUACUAUGUUGUGGUAAAAAUCAGAGUUUAAUGCUUGUAUGGAUGUCAACCACAGGAGGUUGGUGACACCUUAAUUGGGGAGGACGGCUCAUAGUAAUGGCUGAAGCGAAAUCGUUGGAAUGGUAUCAAAUGCAUUAAAACACAUGCGAUUGAUGCCAUUCCAUUUGCUCCAUUCCAGCCAUUAUUAUGAGCCGUCCUCCCCUCAGCAGCCUCCUGUGAUGUCAACCCCAAUGUUCAGGUCAUCGUCACCAGCCACCGACAUUAGUUAAAAACGACUUUGACUACGCCACUGAUUUCUGUAUGCUAGCUAUGCUACCAGCGUUAAUGAAGGGGAGUUAGCAUUUAGCAGUACAACUCCUAAAUGAUGCAGCAAAAACAGCCAAAUACAUUCAAAUCAGACUUUAGUAACCACAUUGUGGGCCUGUUUAGAAUGCAUCGAUCAUGACGGAUUGAUGAAUAUACACUUUGUUACAUCAGAUAUGUUGAAUGUGCACCAAUCCGGCGUCCCUCUUAUGUCCCCCACGGUCUGCGUUCCAUUGACCUCUUUACAGCAUCUGUAGUGUCUGCAUGAUGUGUGUUUUAAAAAGGACAAUAAGUAAUACUUAAUGUGGUUGUGUGUGUACUGUAUGUGCUGGAGUUUACUCCUUCUGAAAGUGUAUGUGUAUAUUUUUGUACAGACAUGAUGUUGAUGAUGCCUGUACAAACCCAAAUAUAAGUGAAUAAACCACUGUUGCUAUGCAAACAAAUGUAAAUGUUUUAUUUGUAGUGUUGGAAUCUGCUAAACUUCGAACAUUGAGAUAUGAAAUAAAUGAUAGAGAAGAAGCCUUGAACAGGAAGAGUGAAAGAGACUGGGUUGUGUGUCAGAAGUUAAGGGUUCUCUGUGGGAAG